AUGGAUAACAAUCUUCAACAAAACAUUCCAAUAUAUAUUCAAUCACAUCCACAAAGAUACGAUCCAAGAUUGUUGCCACCUCCUCCACCACCUCCAUCAACAAAUGUUUAUAUAUUCCGCCAACCAUUCCCAACCAACACUUCCGGAGUAGUCGGUGAGGACUCCAAAGAACCUUCAUUGCUCCUCCCACAACAACAAUAUGAAGAUCAUGACCGUCGUGAAAUGAAUGAGUCAUUACAUUAUUCCACUUCAAACUACUUCAACUGGACUCUACCAUACUACACCACCGCCAACUAUACCGAUGCCAGUACCAACACCAACCCCAACGCCCCUAUAAUCACCUCUCCAACAUCCAAUGCCGAACUGGACGACAUGACAGAGAAACUCAAUGAUUCACUCAGUGAGCAUUCAGACUUUGCCAUUAGUUUGUUGAUAUUCCUCCUUGGAUUCUUCCUGGUAGUGCCAUGGUUCUUUGGAUUCCUUUACUUAAAGUCAAAGAGUGUUAUUGCCAGAAGACUGUCUUGGAUGUCGAUCAUACUGGCUGUGUUGGCAAUCAUUGCCGCUGCCUUAUAUUUCACAUUCUUUCAAGAUUGGACCCUAUCAAUAGAGGUAGAUACUGGAUUCGGCUCAAACAAUUAA